AUGGGGAAUGCUCAAAGCCACACAUCCGAACCCUUUACUGAGAACGGUGAAGAAAAGUAUGCCAAAUUUGAUGAUAACUGGUUUGGACAAGGUGUUUCCAGAUAUGCCUACCAAGGGAGAAAAAAGCCUGUCAAUAGCUGGUGGUUCCAACGCGGUGAGCGAUGCGCUGUGAAACUCUAUAAAGAGGGCCACAUUGCCAGAAUGAGAGAAGACGCUUGGAAAGCGGACCAUCGCGCCUCUUCGAAAGCACAAGAAAUGGCUGUGGCGUUCAACUUCAAAAACGACCUUGUAGACAUUGAAAGGAUUGAGUUUCUCAUUCCCAUCAUCUCCAAAGUCAAGACGUUUGCUUCCCACAAGCAGCGAGGAGGAGACCCUUUUCCUAAAACGAUUCGCGGAGCCCAUGAUGGAGAUGCAGCGAGAGCCGAUGUGAUGGUCCCAGAGGGUGCCACAGUAGCAAUUGAGCGUUUCCUUCCGGGACGGUACGUCCACUUCUUAAGCAAUUCUGCUUACGUCAACCCCGACGAGGAUACCCUAGUUCCAGAAGCCUUCUCCCACUUCACGUACCAUGAAUCAAACGGCGAGAUCCUUGUGACAGACUUACAAGGAGUUCAAAACCCGAAAAGCUACAUGUUCACCGAUCCAGCAGUCCACAGCAUGGAGCAACAUGGGAAAACACUCGGCUGGUACGGCCCAACCGAUCUUGGGGUGUACGGCCAAUCCGCUGAGACUAUUGCACUGGAGUACAUCCUGCGUAAUGAGCUUACAACUCUUCAUGGUGUACCAGAUGCUUGA